CCGGCUCUUACAUUAUUUCUGUGGGUAACUCUAUCUGAUUUUUGAACGCUGACCAAAAUCAAUCUCUCGUCUCGUCAUCUUGGAGUCAAAACAGCAAAGAUUCACAACCAAUUUAACUCCUCCGGCCAGUCACCGCUGCGGCCACCGUCCCCCGCCUCCGUCAGCCUGUCCACUGCCCAUGUAAAACUACAACUGCUGUCUUACGUCUCCCAGACGGCCAGACGCCAUCUUCAAUGGACUCACAAAAGCUCCCCAAUUCCCAACCGAUGCGAGUCCUCAUUCGACCCCCAACCCCAGCCCCUGCACAUGGCUCUAACCCUCCUAUACCCACCUCGCUUCCACAUCGGCCAAACGGAGUUGCAGUUGUGGGAUUCAUCGGGAAACGUCAGGCCGAUGUCACGGGCUUAAUCAACAGAAUUAUCGACUCCAAUGUCUUCGGUUCGGGGGGUCUAGACAGGCCGUUUCGCAUCGACAGAUUGGAAAUUGGCGAAGAAGUUCAGAGCUGGUUCAGGUCAAGGGAUAUCAGCUAUUACCAUGAUGACGAAAAGGGGAUUUUGUACUUACAGUUCUCGUCGACCAGAUGUCCUGUGAUGGAGGUGGAUAUGGAAUCUCGUAUGGGUUUCGAUUCCAUAUUCGAGGAUUAUGAGUUCGGAGAUCUUCAGGCUAUGCUUUUUAUCUUCUCUGUUUGCCAUGUAGUAAUUUUUAUUCAAGAAGGAUCACAUUUUGACACCCAAACACUUAAGAAAUUCCGCACUCUGCAAGCUGCCAAAAAUGCAAUUAGUCCAUAUGUUAAAUCACUAACUAUGCCACCAUCAUCAUCUGGCUCCCGUUUCUCAUCUCCGUCACGGAUUCCUAGAUCAGAAACACUGUGUAACAAUUACUCCCAUCUUGAUAGCCGAGGUGCUUUGAGUCGCAAUACUUUGGCCACAACAUCAAUGCCAGGAUUAGGUUCAUAUGCGUCUUUAUUACCAGGGCAAUGUACUCCAGUUACACUUUUUGUUUACCUUGAUGAAUUCUUAGAUAAUAUUCCUGGUUCUAGUGUUGAGAAGCCAAUGGAGGUUCCAUCUCUUGACCAAUCACCAAACAUGAGUAGUUCACUCAGGCCAAACUUUCCUACAAAAGGACCUGGUUCAGUAGUUGUGCUUGCGCGCCCUGUUAAUGAAUCUGAAGGUGGCUCAGGAAAGAAAUUGCAAUCAUCCCUUGAGGCACAAAUCCGGUUCUCAAUAAAAAAAAGUCGGAUACUCUCAGGAUCCGAUAACAGUUAUAGAGGAAGGAAUGCUGCUUUGUCUAACUCAGUUCCUUUGUUCUCCCUCGAUGCUUCAAAAGCGGUUGUGCUUGUUGAUAUAUCUUCAAUUCAGAAAGGUGAAGCACUUGAGUAUGCUUCCUGCAUUGUUGAAGAUAUUCUAUGUGGAAAGGCGUCUUCAGAUGCUCUUUUGGUUGAAUGCCACAAUCGUAGUGUGACUAAAGAAGACAUUCUGUCUGUUAAGGAGUUCAUCUGCAGACAGUUGGGUAUAUUAAGAGGAAGGGGGAGCAUUGUUUCUAAUACCAAUAGUAGUUCAGCUACCGGCAUAGGCAUGGUUGCUGCAGCUGCCGCUGCCGCCGCCGCCUCUGCUUCUGCUGCUUCUGGAAGAAUUUUCACCACUCCAGAACUUCCAUGUCUGGACAUCUGGUUUUCUUCUAGUCAACUUAUUUUGCAUGCAAUCCUCUCCUCUCAGCAUGAAUGUAUAGAUAAAAAGGAAAUCAUUAAGGUGAAACCCCGUCAGCAGAAUUCUGUUUCACCACCAAUUAAAGGCAUUGCAUCAAAAGUGAUUGAUCCUCUUGAAACUGCAGUUUAUUAUUUAUCAAGUGGUAGAGGACUGAACACCAGAUUUUCUACUUUAUGGUGCCAAAAGGCCCUUUCGGCAGCCAUGGAGGUGUAUUUGAACAGUCUGCCUACAUGCUACUCGACUUCUCAACAUGUUGCCCAUUUGGAGAGUGCUCUUUCUGCUUUUCGGUCAAUGGUCAAAGGACCCGCUGUACAUCUGUACACACAAAAAUUAGAAGACCAAUGCACAUCCAUAUGGAGUUCUGGAAGACAGCUAUGUGAUGCGGUCAGUCUUACAGGAAAACCAUGUAUGCAUCCUAGACACAAUGAUGAAACUGACACUCAACAUUCUAGUGGAUUUGUUUUCCUUCACGCCUGUGCGUGUGGCCGUUCAAGACGGCUGAGAUCAGAUCCCUUUGAUUUUGAAACAGCUAAUGUCACUUUUAAUUGCUCUAUGGAUUGUGAUAAGCUACUACCCAUGCUCCAGCCUCCUCGUGGAAGUGUUAUUGGACCUGUUCAGCAUUCUUCUUGGAAUUUAGUUCGAGUUGGGAACGCUAGGUAUUAUCAACCAUCUAAAGGUUUAAUCCAGAGUGGAUUUAGUGCCACUCAUAAGUUUCUCUCUAAGUGGUCUGUCCUGCUUGAGAAACCAAAAAUGUUAAAUGCUUCACUUCAAAAGAAUUUUCCAGUAGUCUCUUCCCACCCAUUUCAUAGUAAAUCCAAGAAUGGUUUUAAUGCAGACACAAUGGCUGACCAGAUUGAUGCUACAAGGUUGCAUGAUAAUGAAAUGCAAGGAGAAGUGAGGAUACAGAGAAAGUCUUCUCUAUGUGAUAUUAAAGGUGAAGAUAUGACUAACUACAUUGGUAAAAAACAUUCCAACUUUACUAUGAGGAAACCUUUCUCUGAGGUGGUUGCUGGAUCUUCGAGUUCAGGUUCAGCAUUUCCUCCUCUUCAGUCAAAAAUGCAUCCUCAGCAGUCUUAUGUGGGUAUUAAACAACAAAGUGCUAAAGACAGAAACAGAGAAAAGGUUAAUGAAUUCAGUGCUGGUCAAGAAUCUGAAAAAGUAAGAGUUACUCUUGCCAUUGAUAAAUCUGUGAUUGAUAAUGUUGCUCUUUCUAACGGAUCAGGUAAAGCCAAUCCGUUUUCGGAAAGUGAUACAUUUCCAAUGCAUAUCAACAGCGCUUCAGAAGUUAAAACAGUUACCUCUUUGAAACAUGCAAACGUCUUCUUUGGAUUUGAACACGAAUGUCCUCACGGACACCGGUUUAUAUUAUCUUCAGAGCAUCUGAAUGAACUUGGCGUUCCGUAUUUGGUCACUGAAGAAUCCCCUGCUACAUUUGACCGUGAAGAAAACCAUAAAAUGACAGAACCUCCCAGAGUGGGUAAGAGUGGAGGUCAUGGUAAAAGCCUCCGUCAAUUGAAUGGAAUAAUUUCUUCUCCAUCUAGUCGGGUUAGGAACUUGGAGAAGUCAAAAGAGAGAACAUAUAAUGGCUAUGGUUAUGUGGAUGGACCGAUGCAUUCUUCCAAGCCUCCUAAAGAACAAACUAGUACCAUAAAAGGUUCUGCACUUGGAAAAGAUCUUGAUCCUGGCCUUCAACCUCACAGUCUUUCUGGUGCUUCCUCCACUUUAUCCUUGCUGGAUAGAAACUUGCCACUAUACAUGAACUGUCCGCACUGCGUGGAGUUCAAAAAUAAGAAUGACGAGACAGAGACUAAAUUUGCAGGCAGUGUUUCACAGCUUCAGAGGAUUUUUGUGGUUACACCUCCUUUUCCUGUUGUCCUAGUAGCAUGCCCAGUUAUACAGUUUGAGGUAUCUUGCCUUCCCCCAUCUAUCCCAGACCGCGAAACAAAAUUGCAGUUUAGCCUUAGCUGUCCAGUGGUUUUGGCCCCAGAUAGUUUCCUAUCGCUUAGACUUCCAUUUGUUUAUGGUGUACAAUUGGAGGAUGGAACUUUGCAUCCUCUAAAGCCUUUUGAACACCAACCUCAACUUACUGCCUGGAUUACCAGUAGCACUACACUGAAGUUUGUCUCCAAUGAUAGCAAUUGCGAGGAAGGAUUUCAGACAUAAUUAAUGGACUUUGAGCAUGUGUGAUGAUGAUGCAUUCCAACUACGGAUUUGAAGAUUAUUGUAUAAAGCCUCUACUGCUGGUAAACAUUUGGUGAAGUUCAUGCUCACUGUGAUGUCUUCAGCAUGAUAUAUCAUAUUGGUGGAAAUUUGUUAAUAAUGAAGUCAGAUUUAUUGGCUAAGAGUUUGAUGAUUACAAAAGUGAUGAGUUCUGCAGUAGAUGGAAGCUGCAUUUUCUACUCUAACCACUUUGCCGGGUUCUACACGACCUAGUUGGAAGUCAACAGAAUCGACGAUGGCCAAUUUGCCACACUUCAGAAGGCUUUUCAAUGACCAGGUAGACAGACCCCUCACCCCCAUGUAAGUUUUCAAUAAUUUUAUUUGUUAUCAGCUGCAGAUUCAGCCAGUGCACUUUAGUAACUUGGUGCUUAAUGAAAAAUAUGGGUUAUAAGGCUAAUAAGCAGAAAGUAAAGUUAUCAAAUGGGCAUGCAAAAUUGCAAAUUGUUUGCAGUUAAAAGUCAAGCAUGAAUGUGGCAUUUCCAGAGUUCGACAUUCGAUUGGGGUGAUGCUAGCAUUCGCUUCAAUUGAGCUGAUGUCUUGUUCCAGCUGUUAGUGGACUGUGUUGCUUGAUAAGAAGACUCACUCAUUUUCAGCGGAUGGGUGGGCCCCAGAAGUGCUGCCUCUAGCAAAGAGUCGCUAGAAGUGUGCUCAUCAAGGCAAGAUGGUAGCAGCAAUUCUCCAGGGUGGAAUCACUAAAAGUGUGUUCUUCAAGUCAAGAUCGGAACAAACAACUAAUCAUAAUCAUAAACUUCUACAUUGUGGUUCUUCUUGUGAACCAGUCCAUUUCUUCCAAAUCAGUGUUCCUAGUCGGAUAAGGUCCACCUAUUAAAAUAUUAUCACCUUUUCACUUGUUAUCAAUAUAUACCACUUACUCUUCUUAAACAUUUUAUCCAAUGAAAUUGGAACAGGAGGGAGUAGAUUGUUUUCAGGAGAUCCCUCCAACUCUUGAAAUUGGCUUAUCCAAUUCCCUUUCGUUGUUAGCCAUGUCCGCACCUCACAAGCUAUUUCGGCAUGGUCUAAGAAUUUUCCAAAACGAUGAGUCGACGAUUGUCAUUUUCCUGUGUGAACUUGCCCAUUUGGGUAUGAAAAUUGAAAUUGUGAAUUCUAACAAAAAUGGAGUAAAAAAAC